UCACGGGCUCACCGAUUUUGCAAAAUCUGCGAACUCUCUUACCAGAAAUAGACUUAUGAAUUCCAUCAUAAACCACAUCGACAUUUAUCGCUAAUUACUUGUACUCUUCCAUAUGGACCCCCUAGGAGCUACUGCGAACCUUGUGGACAUCAAUUCGCUUCCAAAAUGGUCUACGACACCAGUUCCUAACUACGAACCCGGCUCCAAUGAAAGCCAGAGCUCAAGUUUCCUAUCGCCAUUUCCUGUAGACGAAGAAAUCAACGCAAAAGUUGUUCUUUGGAAUGGGGAUAUUACCAAGCUGGCCGCUGAUGCCAUUGUGAACACAACCAAUGAGUCCCUGAGUGACAGGGGAGCCCUGAGCGAGAGGGUGCAUAGAGCUGCCGGGCCUGAACUAAUGCAGGAAUGCAGACAACAGCUACUGGGCUGUCGCACUGGAGAGGCUAAAAUAUCUGAAGGAUACAAUCUCCCUGCAAGAUAUGUUAUCCAUACUGUUGGUCCUCGUUAUAACACUAAAUACAAGACGGCAGCAGAGAGUGCUCUCUUCUCAUGCUACAGAAAUACCAUGCGGCUCGUCAGGGAAAAUAAAAUAUCUACCAUUGGUGUGUGUGUUGUCAACACUACAAAACGAGGCUACCCUCCGGAGGAUGGGGCUCACAUUGCGCUGAGGACUGUACGUAGAUUCCUGGAAAAGUACGGGUCUGCGGUUGAUACUGUGGCGUUCGUAGUGGAAGGUGCAGAGGCAGUAGUAUAUGCAAAGGUUAUGCCGAUCUACUUCCCUCGGGACAAGUUCGAGGAAGCACAUGCAUUAACGCUGAUGCCAGAUGACAUCGGAAAUGAAGAGGGCGAGCCUAUCAUCCCUGAGCGACAGAUCAGAAUCGUGCCCAAGCCACCGUCACUGCAACACGGCGAGGAUGUCGAAGAGGCAGAAGAGGCCGAGGGGCAUCUAGAUAUGACCGAACUGCAUGUUGGGAAGCACGCGUUCGCCGUCAUGGCAGGCGACCAUGACCAGAUGACCAAGCAACGGGCGCAUCGCUCAGACGACGGGAUGAAGGUCGUAGAGCAACAGAGGGUGUAUCAAAGAUGGCUUCGCAGAGCUCGCACAGAAAAUUUCGCAGACUUUUCUAGACAGAAAAUUUUAUACCAAUCAGGUGUGGAUUUUUUAGGUAGGCCAGUUGUUGUAUUUGUAGCAAGACAUUUUACAGCACAGAAUACAGACCUUGGAAAGGCCGUAGCAUAUUUUAUCAGUGUUCUGGAUAGAAUAGUCAACAGGGAUUAUGUCGUUGUCUACUUCCAUACACACAGCACCGAAGAGAACCAGCCACCCAUGUCCUUCCUCAAGGAGCUGUAUCAUAUAGUCGACAACAAAUACCGGCGAAACCUCAAGGCGUUCUACAUUGUACACCCUACGGUCUGGGCACGAAUAGUCACGUGGUUUUUCACAACCUUUACCGCAUCUUCCGUCAAAGAAAAGGUCCAUUUCCUGUCAGGCGUUCAAUACCUUUAUGACUGGAUUAACCCGGACCAACUAGACAUACCAGCAUACGUCCUUGAAUAUGAUAUGAAGGAAAACGGGACGAACUACCACACCCCAGCUUCAACCUACAGAACUGGGGGUUUAUAAUGAAUUGAUGUCCUACCAAGAAAUCUUACAAAUCAAUACAAAGACAUGCAGCGCCAGGCCAGCCGCAUGGGCCUUUCAUUGAUAAACACAAAACCUUUUCAAUAUGCCCUGAACAAUGUUAGUAAUUCCUAUUCAAGGAUUAUCUUAGAGAAAGGAUAAUUGGGAGUCAGAUUCCUUUUAAAUUUCGUAGAGGGAGGAUGUCAAAUGUUACGGACCAUUUCUCCAUUCUGUAUUGCAGAUUUUUCCUUCGUACUAUGAUACUUCAAUGUUAUAUACUGCGUUCACUCUGACUGUGCUUUUAUCGAAUUUGACAAAUGUAAGUAAGGAUAGUGAUAAACAGCUCUGAUAAGCGAGCAUUCAAUUUAAUAUUUAUCACAUGAUUACUUAAUGUUCCUGACUGAGUUAGAGUGAACACAUGUGACAUAUAUAGAUUUAGGCACUGCCUAAAAGCAGAGCCAGCAUGCAAUCAAUUUAAGCCAUAUUAAAAUACCUAUAUAUGUAUGUAUGUAUAUAUGUCAUGUGUGAGUGAAGCCGUUUAUAGAAAACUGCUUGAUGCACUUUUUAUGGGAUAAUGUAUGAACGAACUAGCUGAAUUAAUAGUCGGACUAGUAUAAUAAAAAUCAACAUCCCA